UCUGGCCCAGCCCUCUGUUUAGGAGGGUAUAAAUCUCAGCUGCUUGGGUCUUGCUCCAUCAUCAGCACACAAAGGCCUCAACUAGCAACAUGAAGUUGGGUGGUCUCUUCCUCCUGGCCGGUCUCCUCACCCUCAACACAAGGCUCCAGGCAAUUGGUGUCUGUGUGGAGCAGUGCCAAGAAGACUGGGACUGCACGGCAGGAGAGAAGUGCGUCAGCAAUGGCUGUGGCCACGUGUGCUCACCAGCCCCACAAGCAAGCACCUGUAUUAAUGAGUGCAGAGAAGACAGGGACUGUGGGGUAAAAAAAGAGUGCCUCCAAGUGGGCUGUCGGCAUGUCUGCCUGCCUCUAGCUACAGCAGCUUGGAGGAUGGAGGUUCCAUUCCUGAGGAGCGGGGCUCAGAGAAGGAGUGCAGCCGCGGUAGUUAUAGCUCCACAUUCAGGGGACGCUCGGUAUCCACCCAGCUCCCCGCAGGCCCGAGCACCCCAGUGACUCAGGAGGAGAGCCGACCUGCCUGGCAGCGGGGGUGAACGGCCACGGCAUGCCACUUGUGGAGCCUGUUCUGCAGAGGUCGUCAGUGGCCCCUGCCGUGCCCACCUCCUCCCUGCCCUUCGCCCCUGCACUCCCGCCCGUCCUUCCCGGAGACCCCAGGUCUCCCCACCUCCUCACUCAUUCUAGUCUCUUUGCCUUUGAGAUUUGAGCUUCCAUCCCACUUUAGUGUGGAUGGAGGUGCAGAAAACUGGUUUUCCAAUGGGAUUUGUGUGAGCCCAAGAGCACAGGGGCGCUGAGGACUGGAGUUUGGAAGAGGAGGGGGCCGUCCAGUGAGGAAAUGGCCUUGGCCAGGGCAGCCGUGGGCUCCGAGGAUAGACUGUGCUCUUUUCCUGACUUUGCCCCUGACAGUAGGUGGUCGUCCGCUCCCCACCACUAAACUCAUGGAUGGACAGAGACCUCUGACCUCUGGGGUCGAAGAGCAUCCUUCCUGCACAGGAGUUUAGGGUUGAGGCCGACAGCCAUGGCGUGCCUUCCCCAAGGACUGAGUUGGAGGGCAUGUGCUGGGCCACACUGGUGUCCUUGAGGCCCUUCUGCAGUCUGUGUCCAGUGGCACACGGCCAGACUGGCAUCAGCCUCUGCCUCCUGCCUGCCUCCCUUUCUUCCUCACCCCACAGAGCACUGCCCUGUACUUGCCUCUGUCUUUAGUUGAGGAGGUGGUGAGGAGGAUGGCCACAUUUCCAAGGUCACUUUUACCCCAGGUGUCAAGGAUAAGGGUCAGGCAGCAUCUAAAGAGACUGUAGGACUUCAGUGUUGGGGUGCAUAGUUUGGGGACGGAGCACGGAUUUGGGGGAGAGCACAGAUGUGAUUGAGGGAUUGGGGGCAGGAGGAGAAGGGGACGACAGAGGAUGAGAUGGCUGGAUGGCAUCACCGACUCGAUGGAUGUGAGUUUGAGUCAACUUCGGGAGUUGGUGAUGGACAGGGUGGCCCGGCGUGCUGCGAUUCAUGGGGUCGCAAAGAGUCCACACGACUGAGCAACUGAACUGAACUGAACUGAACAGAUCUGAUGAGCGAGCACAAGGGGGCGCUAUUUAUAGGCGGUAGAGGAGGGCACAGAGAAGUAAAUGUUUUGAAUGGCAGAGACCUGGGGAAGAGCUUUCUAGGAAGGGUGAGCCGCUCUGCCCACUUGGACGAGGGAGUGACCAGGUGUGUUUGCUGUGCACCUGAGCUCUGCACAUGCAGACAGAUGGUCUCCCCAGGGUCGUCUGCAUUCACACUGUUCGCCUUGUCUAAGGACCCUGAACUGGGGUCACAGUUCGUCCUCCUCCUGGUCCACUAUUUACAUCUACUCCUAUUGAAAUGUUUACAAGGCCCCAGAUACGCAGUAAAUACCAUAGAAGUGUCUGGAAAAUCAAAGAAAUGACCAGGCUGUCUGUGAGAGAACCAAUUUAAGCCACCAGUCCCUUUCUGCAGCACGGAUUUAUUUCAAGACCUGAGCGCCUGCAAGGGGACAACAGAUGCUGUCUGGGGGCCACAGUCUCCUCUGGCCCCAGAAGGCGGAGCUUCACGGCAAAGCUUCAGGAGAGCGCAGACCAUCAGAGCAGGAGCACGGAAACGCGAGCAUGGGCUUUCAUGCGGGCAGGACUCGCCCAAGGCCCAUCUCGGGUGAGGGAGCUGGUUGGGGAGGGGGGGGUGGCUCUGUGGCCUCUUCUCAUGGUCCCUCGACUGUGAAGGUCCCACUGCUCCCAGCUUCCUUGGACGUUUGGUCCAGGUAUUGGAUGUACUUCUGCACCCAGGCCUGGCCUGGGUCGGCACAGAUGGAUCGCCCACUUCUGGUCUGGAAGCUGAGGAGCAAGAAGGAGAAGAUGAGAAACGGAGAGUCAGCAGGCAAAGAGUCCGUCCCACCACCCCAGCCUCUCCCUCGACCCCCACCAGCAGCUGCCUCCUGUAUCACCCCCAUCCCAACCCACUCUUGUCACUGUUCCUAGAGAGUCCCGCCCCCUUCCCUCUCCCAGCCCUACUGGUUCUUGAGAUUGCACCCUUUCCAUUGUUGGGGGCUGUACUUACAUGAUCCCUGGCUGGGGGCACUGGUCCUUAGAUAAUUUUCCACACGAGAGUGGGAUUGCCAUUGACAUGUAGGAGAAACAGGAGAUUAUCAGCUGGUUCUGCCACACCUAGGGCUGUAAGAUGCUGGAAACUUCUCCAUGAGAACGCUUAGAUCUCUAUCUGCACCCCCACAGCCCCUGAGGAGGGGAGCGGGAGUGUAGGGCGGGAGACAUGAGACAGGAGCAUCUGGCAGGAAAUGUUCUGAUCUUCCUCCUCCCCACCCCACCCCCUUUUUAAAAAUCUUUUGGCUGCACUCCCAGGCAUGUGGGAUCUUAGUUCCACAGCCAGGGGGGAACCAGUGGCUCUGGCAGGACAGAGUCUUAACCACUGGACCACCAGGGAAGCCCCCUCCCAGCCCUUAAAUUGUCCUCCUCUGAGACAUCUCCUCCCUCCCACUGCCAGCCCCUCCCAGCCUCAUCUCCCAGACCCUCUCCAGGGCUGGGAUGAGAUUCUGUGGUCCUAGUGUUUCAAAUUUCUAAUUGUCCUCAGGUUUCAGAAAUAAGAAAUCAGAAUUCUUAGAAAAUCUGAAAUCAUACAUUAUUUCAUAUUUGUCUUUUUUGAGAUAUAAAUGGAUGUAUAACAUUGUAUUCAUUUUAGGUAUACUGUAUGUUUAAAUUAAAAAUUUUUUCAUUUUAUUUGAAAUUACUUUAUUUAAAUUUUAUUUUAUUUUGAAGUAUGGUUUCUUUACAAUGUUGUGUUAGUUUGUAUAUUUUUUGCAGCA